AACUGGUUUACAGUCAUGCCGAGCGAAACAGGUAGCUCAACACCCAGCGGGAUGAAGGCUGCCGUGUUCCUGCUGCUCACCCUCCUGGUGCCCGCGUACCACACAGAGGCUCAGUGCAUCAUUGACAAUGUGGUCGAUCUGAAGGUGCAGGCAGCGAUUCGUUCCAUAGUGUCCUCCACCCUGGCCAAAGCCAAGCUACUCUGCCAGAACGUCUCGGCACGUGGGGCACUUGUCUCCUGCCCCGCAGGGUACAAGCCCACGGGCUGCGCCUGCGGAAUGCGCUGCGGCUCCUGGGACAUUCGCUCCGACUCCACCUGCCACUGCCAGUGCCGUGGCAUUGACUGGACGUCCGCGCGCUGCUGCAAGAUAGCGCUGUAGUGAUGCCAAGAAACAGCCUAGGGCACUGGAGAGCCCCACCUGGCCUGCUGCCCCCUCGCCGUGGGCCCUGGCACAGAACCAUGCUGUGCCCUUUGUGCCCAGUGCAAUGAAUAAACUUGAA